GAACAACAGUACCUUCUAAUGAAGGAGCAAUGGAUAUUAGAGAACAAGAUAAUGGUAAACCUGAAGACGAUGAUAACUAUGGAAAAAUGACACACAUAAAGAAAAAAGAAAUCUCCCUAAUCGUUGACUUCAAAUCCUACGGAUAUAUUAUAUCAUUAAAAUUACUAAAAGAACUUGACAUGGAAAUAGAUAAAGCUUCCAAGACAAUCAUG